AUGGCUGAUGCGGUGUAUCUGCACUCCAGACACCUGCAUCUUCUUUUUUUUUGUGUUUCUUUGACCCGACUUUGGACUGUGCUGACCACACCCUUUUUUCUUUUUUCGGUUUUCGUUUUUGCCGUUGCCCCUGCCCCUGCCCCUGCUGCCCCUGCCCCUGCCCCUGCUCCUCCUGCUGCUGGUAAUGGAAUUGGUGCUGGUGCUGGUGCUCUUGGUGUUGGUGUUGGUGGUGGCUUCUUCAAAGGCACAUCCGCGGACCAGGACAGGCGGUUCUCCGACAAGGAGGUGAAGCUGCUUAAAACUAUGAAGUUUCCUGCGAAUUUUGAGAAAAAGGUGGACAUGCGCAAAGUGAACCUGACGGUCAUCCGACCGUGGAUAGCCAAGCGGAUCGUGGAGCUCAUCGGGUUUGAAGAUGAGGUGGUGGUGGAGUAUGCUAUGGGGCUUUUGGAGGAUGAGCAGCAGCCUAACCCCGACCCGAAAAAAAUGCAAAUCAACCUCACAGGCUUCCUCACAAAAGACACACCCGCAUUCAUGGCCUCGCUCUGGACACUCCUCCUCGACGCGCAGGCGGAGGUGUCCGGUGUGCCGCGUGCGUUUGUGGACGCGAAGAAGGCGGAGAUGCGCGCUGCGCGCGAGGGCGAUUCGAGGGCGAUUGAUGAGCGGGAUAGGAGGAUGCGGUUGGAUGAGGUUGGGGGCGGGAUGGGUGGUGGGGGUGGGGGUGGGGGUGGGGGUGGGUUUGGGGGGAGAGGAGGGGGUAGAGGAGGAGGGUUUGGGGAUGGGUUUGGAGGGAGAGGUGGAGGAGGAGGGGAGAGAGGUGGAAGGGGGAGGGGGAGGGGGAGAGGUGGGCGGGGAGGGUGGGACGAUAGUCGUGGUGGUGGCCCCGAUCGCGCGCGCGAUUCUGGUUGGGGCGCGCGCGGAGGCGGGCCUGGUGGCGGUGGCGGCGGUGCUGGGCCACCGCGCCGCCGGUUCUCGUCGCGCUCUCCUCCGCCUCGGCGCCGCUCGCGCUCGCGCACGCGUUCAAGGUCUUCCCGCUCCCACUCUCGUUCCCGGUCCCGUUCGCGCUCGCGCUCGAGGUCGCGCUCUAUCACACCCAGACGAUAUCGUUCCCCUCCGCCUCGCCGCGGCGGUGGAGGCAACGCCAGCUCUCGAUCCCGUUCGCGCUCGCACUCGCGCACAUCGUCCCGCUCGCGAAGCCGCUCGCCGCCGCCACCGCCACCACCGGCUCAUCAACGCCGCCGUGGGGCGUCGCCUGUACCUGCUCCUCAUGCCCCUCCGCCUGCGCAGGGUAAAGGAAGGCGGUCGGCUUCGCGUUCUUCACCUUCUAUCUCGCGGUCGAGGUCAAGGUCGCGUUCGAGGGCGGGAUCACCGCCUGCGCAGAUUAGUGGAAGGAGGAGGCAGCGCUCGCCGUCGCCUACGCCGCCCCCGCCGUCUGCGCGCGAGAGGGAGAGGGAGAGGAGGGGGAUGAGGGAUCGAAGUCCGGUGCCUGGGAGGAGGCGCAGGGGUGGGUCUGGGUCUGGGUCGCGGUCUAGGGAUAGGGAUAGGUCGAGGGAUAUGGGUAGGGAGAGGGAGAGGGAGAGGAAUGUGGGUAGGAGAGAUAGGGAAAGAGAGAGGGAUAGGGAUAGGGACAGGUCCCGCUCGCGCUCGCCGCCGCGAAAGUUUGCGAGGAGGAUGAGGAGCGCGAGUCCGCCUAGGCGCGGUGGUGGAGGGGGGAGGAGACGCAGUCCGUCGUAUUCGCGCUCGAGGUCGAGGUCGAGGUCGAGGUCGCGUUCGGCUGGACCUGGACCUGGAGUUGGGGCUGGGAGGAAAGGGAAGGCUGGGAGUGGGCCUGGUGGUGGUGGUGGUGGUGGUGGGAGAGAGAGGGAGGAGCCGCCGCAUAUGAGUAGGCGAAGGCGGAGCGCUAGUCCUGGUCCUGGUCCUGGUGCGAGGGGUAAAGCGCGCUAUGGAGGAGGAGGAGGGCGAUCGAGGUCACGUUCGCGGAGUAGGUCGAGGUCGCGCUCGAGGUCGCGAUCGGCGCUGCGUCGGAAAGAUGAGGAGGAUGCGCGUAUGGAUGUUGAUGAGAAGCCGGGGAAGCAAAGGGAGAGGGAGAGGGAGAGGAGGAGUCCACCGGUAUCCCGCGGAGGAGAGCUCAAGAUUAAAGGGCAGGCCGAGGUCGAGCGCAGGAAAAGUAAGUGGUCGGAUGGUAUUGGUGUUGGUAUUGGUGCUGCUGGUGCGAGUAAGGGCGCGGGUGUGGGUGCGGGCGGGGGUAAAGGCCCGGGUGCGAGUGCGAGUGCGGGUAUGGGUAAAGGCCCGGGUCCGGGUGCGAGUCUUGCGAGCCGCAUCGGGGCUCCUGCGAACGCUCCGAACGUUGGGAACGUUGGGAAUGAGGAGGAGGAUGAUGAUGAUGAUGAUGUGCGCACCCCUUUUUUUUGCUUGUUUUCUUGGAUGGUUUUUGUGUGGUUUGGAUACUGA